UGGUUUGCGGUUGGGGGUAGCAGUGGACAAGCUCAGGCUGCCAGGACGGGCCAGCGCCCUGGGGGCGCGGUCGUGAGGAGGAGGCGCGAGCCCCACGGCGCCCCGCUGACACAGCCUCCACUCGGGUCCGCGUAGUUCAUCCCGAGUGCGGAGUGCGGAGGCGGGCCGGGGUCUCGGGCGCCGCGUCUGGGUCUAGGCUGGGACAGAGCUGCGGGGCGGCGCUCCCCUCCCCCAGCCUUCGGCCUCCCCGGCGGCGGCCGCCGCCUCAAGUUUCCGGAGGGGCCGAAGGGCGGAAGGGGCGUCACGUGCGCGCGGCCCGGGGGCCGGUUGGUCCGCCCGCAGGGGAGGGGCCGCGCGCUACCCGGGCGGGGGCUGGGCUCGGGCCGGGGUCGGCGGCUCCGGAGAGCCCGGACGCGAAAGCCGGCAGCAGGGUGCCACGGCGGCGGCGCGGAGCCGGCUCUGCCCGCGCGGUGGCCCGGGGUGCGCGCCAGGUCGUCUCACGGAUCCCGGGUCCCCGGCCCUCGAGGCGAAGCGCCCGCGGGGUCCGCGGCGGGGGCGGUGCCCGGCCAGCCAUGAGCUCUCCGCAGCUAGCCCGCAAGGGCUUUUACCGCCAAGAGGUGACCAAGACGGCCUGGGAGGUGCGCGCCGUGUACCAGGACCUGCAGCCCGUGGGCUCGGGCGCCUAUGGCGCCGUGUGCUCGGCGGUGGACAGCCGCACGGGCGCCAAGGUGGCCAUAAAGAAGCUGUACCGGCCCUUCCAGUCCGAGCUGUUCGCCAAGCGCGCCUACCGCGAGCUGCGCCUGCUCAAGCACAUGCGCCAUGAGAACGUAAUUGGGCUGCUGGAUGUGUUCACACCCAAUGAGACCCUGGAUGAUUUCACAGACUUUUACCUGGUGAUGCCGUUCAUGGGCACCGACCUGGGGAAGCUCAUGAAGCACGAGAAGCUGAGUGAGGACCGGAUCCAGUUCCUCGUCUACCAGAUGCUCAAGGGGCUGAAGUACAUCCACGCUGCUGGCAUCAUCCACAGGGACCUGAAGCCUGGCAACCUGGCCGUGAACGAGGACUGUGAGCUGAAGAUCCUGGACUUUGGCCUGGCCCGGCAGGCAGAUAGCGAGAUGACUGGAUACGUGGUGACCCGGUGGUACCGGGCGCCUGAGGUCAUCUUGAAUUGGAUGCACUACACACAGACGGUGGACAUCUGGUCAGUGGGCUGCAUCAUGGCUGAGAUGAUCACAGGGAAGACGCUCUUCAAAGGCAGCGACCACCUAGACCAGCUGAAGGAGAUCAUGAAGGUGACGGGGACGCCUCCCCCUGAGUUCGUGCAGAGGCUGCAGAGUGCCGAGGCUCAGAACUACAUGAAGGGCCUCCCUGAGCUACAGAAAAAGGAUUUUGCCUCCAUCCUGACCAACGCGAGCCCUCUGGCCGUGAACCUCCUGGAGAAAAUGCUGGUGCUGGAUGCGGAGCGGCGGGUGACGGCGGCCAAGGCGCUGACCCACCCCUACUUCGAGUCGCUGCACGACACCGAGGACGAGCCCAAGGCCCAAAAGUACGAUGAAUCCUUUGAUGACGUGGACCGCAUGCUGGACGAGUGGAAGCGCUUUGCAUUGGCCUGGAGACCAAGGGCCCCUCUCUUCAUCUCUGAGGGCUCCCAGCACCUGCUCAGCCUGAGGCUGGGCUCGGACGGCCUGCCCAGUCCCCGGGCCUCCCUCUGCUUGGGCCCUGACGUCCCAUGCUGGAACGGGCCUUGUCUAGCUCCACUCCGGCAUGGCAGGCGUCUUCUCUCGGUGGCUGCGGGACCCGCCUGGGGGAGCAGGGACGUCUGAGGGCAGCAGUUAGCGCCGACGGAGCUGUGGCACUGGUCGCCACUGUCCUAGACCCCGUCCUGGCUGUGCCUCAGACCUGGGGCCGUGGUCCUGGAUGUGGGGGAUAGGGGUGGGGCUGGACGGGUUGUGCUUCUCAAACCACAUUCUUCAGGGUCAUCGGGGAGCCCCAGCAGGGGCUCUGCCCUUAUCCGUGCUGUGUUUUGUGCUUGUAAGUUCUCUGUUGCUAGAAAGAUAACAAGAAAACCGAAAACCAUGGGCCACAGGAUCCUCUCUGCGGUCUCCGCCACAAACUGUAGUGAGAGCUUUUGCUUUUACUACAGACCAUGGUGGACACGUGGUCUGUUUGUGGUUGAGCCCCUGGUCAGGAAUGCAAACUCAUCACCUCCUGUUUCCCCGGGAAAAGCCAGCUUUACAGCAAGGACCUCUCCACACAAACCUUCCCUGUGUGGAUGGGCCCCCGCACCAGGGUUAGAUGAGGGCCUGGGAGGCACCCCACGGGGUAGGAAUACAACUGUGCCGUGUGCUGUGCAAACCACACAGACCACCUGCUCUAAAGGCACAGUCCUUCCUGAACUGGGCUUGUGGAGUACCAGUGGUCCCCCAAACGGGCGUUCCCGUGGCCAGGUGAGCGUGGGCACCCUGGGGUAGGUGGCGCGGAACUGUCCUUUUGCAGGCUGCUCAGAGGGGAGGCGGAGCAGCACCCCCCUUCCUUUGGGACGGCUUGCUCUGGGCAUGGUGCAGGGGACAUGAGCACUGGUGAGGAAGCUGGAUGCUGCAGGUGGUUGGUGGGAAUUCCACACUCGUUUAUAAAUUUAUUUAUUUAUGUA